CUGUGGUGAUUGCCAAUUAGCGGGGCGGCAUCCCCGCCUCCAAGUGCCGCGCAUGUGCAGAUGUGACGGAAAGUGCGCGUAGGGCCGUGUGCGCAGGGAAAUGCGCAUGCGCAAUAUGGCGGUCGGCCCGGGGCCCUGAGAUGCAGCCUCAGCGACGGAAGAAAAAAAUCAUCUCCUAGUGCCACCAAGCAGACACGUUUACCUGCAGAUGCAAGCUUUCGCGUUGGUUUCCUCAGCUGCGCUUUAACUUCGAUCGCAGAGAAGCUCCUCCUUUCUGUAUGAGUGUUCCGAACUCGUUCACCUUCGCCUUCGUUCUGACGGCACGCAGCGCAGCCUUAUGGAGGACGCAGCGGCUGUCCCUGAGCCGGGGGCCCUCUCUGUGGGCAGCCGGGAAAAGGAGCUCCUUGCAGCUGGUGCAGCUCACCGAGGCGGAGCUGAAGGAGCAGUUUGUGAGGGGCGAUGGCCCAGGAGGGCAGGCCACUAACAAGACCAGCAACUGUGUUGUCCUGAAGCAUGUUCCGUCAGGGAUUGUGGUGAAGUGCCAUCAAACAAGAUCAGUGGAGAAGAACCGAAAGAUAGCCAGAGAAAUCCUGCAGGAAAAGGUUGACCUCUUCUACAAGGGUGAAGAAAGUGAUGUUUAUAAAGAGAAGAAGGCAUCAGAGAAGAAGAAGCAGGAGAAAAAAAGAAGAGCAAAGGAAAACCUAGAAAGGAAAAAGCACUUUAAAGAGAUGCUACAAUUGGACAGGAAAUAAACAUGAAAUACUGACUGGCUCUGGUAGAGUAAGGGAGAAGUUUGUCAUAUCUGUGCAUAGUUUUCUGACUGAUGUAUAACAGUGAGCUUCAUAAGCACAACUAAAAUAUUGAGUAGUGACCUGACCUGCUCUUACAGUAAAAUUGAAGAGUUAAAGCACACUGUGUUCUUA